AUAGCUAUUUGGUACCUCUGGAAUCCCGAAAUAGCGUUGCGGUGUAGAUGUAGCCUUAGAGGUUAAUUUCAAAGUGUUAAAUAAUGUUUUAACUGCAUGACUCCCAUUAAAGUUAGAUAGAGGUUAGUGGCCAGUGUGAUCAAUUAGGCUCACAAAAACGCAUCUUCAGUGUCAGGUUUUUUCUCACUUCAUCCAGCAGCCUAGACUGCUCUAGCAUUUGAACUCUGAUUCUAGAGGAGUUUAAGGUUUGCUUCUUUGCAUGUACUACUGCUCCCCACCCCUGUGCUAGAAAUUAAGAGGUAUUUGAGCCUGACAGCUGAACAAAUGUAGAAGGGAGUGGCCAGGUCACAAGAUACUCUCACUUUGUGAUCCAGUGCAUCAACACAGCACAAUUACAGUUCCUCCCAGAGCCCCUGUACACACUAGCCUCCCUCAAAGAGAUGGAAGGGGCAGGGAGGUUUUAAGGCAUGUUCCAAUAUAAUGGAUCUGGACAGGCGCAUAAGAGAACGCACACUAUGCUCUCUGAGGCAUGGUUCCUUGCCUUAAAUAUUUCCAGAGAUGAUUUCUCACUGCUACAUAUGUUGGGUUAUCAGUGAGCUUCCCAAUAGGUUUUACCAUCCUGCCCAAAGGAGGUUACUCAGACUUUCAAAGGAGGUUAGUUCAUGCUUUCUCAGGGACAACCUGCUUCAUCCCUCUGACACCUCAUCUUUUACUAUGUCGAGAAAAAUCCAAAUAAAUUCCUCCCCACUCCAAGCCUGCCACAUGGCUGCAUCAUGAUGCAGUAACCAUAGGGCCGUCCCAACAUAUAGCUAGAUUUUCUUUCCUUUACAGUCACUGCUACACUGUAUACACCUAUUUGUAAAACUGCAGUGUUAGAGGAUUUGGUUUGUUACUGCCGUAAUUUGAGCAUCCAACUCUGCAAUGAUGAAAUCUAUUAGAUUUUUAUUAUAGCCCGGAAUGAUAGGACCUUUGCUUUAGAAAUGCAAAACACGUUGCUGAAGAAAUCUCAGUUUCUUCCCACUUUUCCCCCAACACACACAAUUCAUUUUUAUGCUCUUCCUCUUUGCUCUGUCUGGAAACAAUAGGAUACGUGAUAAGUAAUACUAACAGCUGUUUUGCAGCAUAACAGCUAGCCUGCUUGGGACACAGUACUUUUAACACACAACUGUAGAGUAAGAAGCACCCUAUUAUCCUAACAUUGUUAUUAAUUUUCCAAAUUUAAACCACUGAUUUCAGAUAGGAUUGUGUAGAGUAGUUAUAAUUUAGCAGUGAAUUGACUCAGUCUAUUUUUCAAGUCUCUUGAACAUUGCAGUGCAGUUUCCUAUGUCUCAUUUUAUUUACUAUUUAAUUAUGUAUCUUAUUAAUACACCAGCAACAUCUCUUUUUCUCUGCCAUAUCUUUACUAUCCCAAUCCAUUGUGAGAGCUGCACCUACUCAUGAGGUCGUGCUCAGUCACUAACCCACAAUGCCAAACACCUUAAAAGAGUAGGAAGUGGCUAAGUAGCUCAGAAUCAAAUUUUCCUUCUCCUGGAAAAGUCCCAUUUACUAGCUCCUAGACUGAUAUUCUCCGAGUUACAUGUUUGUUGGGCAAAUGGUGAUAACCAGUGUUUCUGAAUUAACCACAAGAUGUAUUAGUUUGGAGGGUGGCAUCUGUGUGACGUAAUACAUAUAGGUCGUCUGAAUUUGACUGCUCUGUUGAUGCUGAAUGUAACUGGUUCUCUUCUUCUCCUCCUAUUUAACAGAUGCGUUAGCUCUGAAAUGCUAGUGUUCCAGUGCAAUGUCAAGGCUCCAAGGAAUAUUCACCGAUUCCGCAGUAGACAUAGCAGAGACCAGCAGCAAAGGGGUUAAAUGAAAUAUCAGUUAUCCAGACAAAUUCACCAUCACCAUCUGUACUGUUAGGGUUUUUUUCAGCCAUUUCAGCAUAUAAUAAAAGGCUCCAGCUGAGUUUUUAAAAAAGUCAUGAUUCAAAGUAAAGCCAAUGGAGGAUUUUUAAAAUAUGCUUUAAUACUUUUUAAAAAUAUAGUAGCUACAUUUUUAAUAUAUUUUUCACAUUUUGACGUGGAUUAGAUUCUAAACAAUAUCUACUGGCUCCACAAUGUAAUUUCAAUCUCCCUUAAAGGAAAAGCUACUGAUUGUUUAGAAUACAUAAGUUAGCUAAAUAGAGAUCUACCAGUUUUGUGGUGGCACUUCAAUUACGGAUGCAGCUUUGCUGAAACCACAGCACAAUCUAGUUCUCAUCUAAAAUAAUGUAAAAUGUCUACUGAAUUCUACAGGGGUAGCAUCCAGGUUUGCAUAGGUCACAUGUGGUUCUUUGACAGAUUAGGGAGAAAAAUAGCCUCCAGAAAGUCACAGAAUCAUAGGGCCAAAUCCACAGCUGAGCACAAAUUGUCAUACCUCAGUUAAAGCAACUUACAAUAGAUGAGAGUCUGGCCAAUAGGAACAUGAAACAGAUAGGUCAUAUAAAGUGACUUCUUCCGUCCCCCAACAAAUCUGAGAGGGUUUUGUACUGAAAUCAGAGAUUAUUUUUCUCUAUUUGUAGAAUUUUUGUCAGUUUAAUUUUAAAUGUCCUUGAGAUCAGAUUCUAUAAUUUUCCUGAGGAGCGUAUUCCAUUUUAUUCACUAAUAAAUCUCACCAUUGGAACUUGGUUCCUGCUUUUCAACUUAAAUUUCUUCUUUAUUAAUUUCAUGCUAUUACUCCUAUUUAUAUCCCUUUUACUAUUCUAAACAAUUCCUCUAUGACAUUGAUUUUAGGUGGUGUUCAAUCCACUAGGCCAAUGCUGCUCCUGUUGGUCACAAUUCAGAGAGGUAGUUAAGCAUCCCUCCCCAUCAAAAUACUUAUACAUGUGUAAAGUUUAAAAAGUGCCUAACUACUUUGCUGAAGCUGCGCUUUUAUGCCCACCAUUGUUUGUUCAUCCACCAGUAUUGCAAAUAUAUUAUAAAAGCAAUCAGGCUUGACAUACAAAAGUUAUUCUUUUUCAAUUCAUUCUAAUUAUUGCUUACAAUUCUAUUAUCUUCCAGAUGCUUAGGAUGUGAUCUAAUGUGUGUCAUUGAUUUCAGUUGACAUUGGAUCAGGCCAUAAAUCCCCAAUCCAGCAAAGCAUUUAUGAAUGUGCUUAAAUUAAAAUUAAGAGUUUUGUUUGAUUUUAGUAUGUGUUCUCUUAUUUCACUAGGGUUAGAUGUUUCGCAGAAUGGCAAUUACCAAGUGACUUUGUACCGGCUUUUGAAGAUAAUUAGUACAACAUUUACUUUUCUUCUAUAUUAGUUUGUGUCCCUAGUUAUCCGCGAAUUUACCAAUCACGCCGUAAAUGCAUUUGCUAAUUCUAUUUAGAAUGCUGGGUGCUUUUAAAACCCACUGGCCUAUGCGUUCUUAAAUGUUCGAAGCUGCCUGCUUUUCCUGCUCUUUAUUAAUGGAGACAAAGCAAGAAAGGCAAUAGCUUUUAUUUCUGCUGUUUACGAGAAGUGCUCGGUGGAGCUCUAACACUCGUCUCUUUCACCAACAGGAGACUUUGUCCAAUUACUGCAUUCACCUUGUCUUUUUCAUAUCCUGGGACCCACAUGGCUACAACACUGCAAGCAGCUUUCAUCGUAGCUACUUUUUACCACUUGCCUCAUUACCUAACUACCCAACUUUUUUGUCCAUUAGAGACACUUUUUUUAAAGCUCCAUUCUGAUAUGGAUCGAGGAGAUGGAUCAAUCAAAUACAUUCUCUCAGGAGAAGGAGCUGGCAUUGUAUUUACGAUUGAUGAUACUACUGGGGAUAUUCAUGCCAUUCAGAGAUUGGACCGAGAGGAAAGGUCCCAAUAUACCCUGAGGGCUCAGGCCCUGGACAGACGGACAGGCAGGCCAAUGGAACCAGAAUCAGAGUUUAUCAUCAAAAUCCAAGACAUCAAUGACAAUGAACCCAAGUUCCUGGAUGGACCUUAUGUAGCCUCCGUUCCAGAAAUGUCACCAGUAGGCACCUCUGUUAUCCAGGUGACUGCAACAGAUGCUGAUGAUCCAACUUACGGGAACAGUGCCAGAGUAGUCUACAGUAUUCUCCAGGGGCAACCAUAUUUCUCUGUGGAUUCCAGAACAGGCUUAAUUAGGACAGCUCUAAUGAACAUGGACAGAGAAGCAAAAGAUUAUUAUGAAGUUAUUAUCCAGGCCAAGGAUAUGGGUGGACAGCUGGGAGGGUUAGCUGGGACAACCACAGUCAACAUCACCCUCUCUGAUGUCAAUGACAAUCCACCCAGAUUUCCACAGAAACAUUAUCAGAUGAGUGUGCUGGAGUCCGCUCCAGUCAGCUCCACAGUGGGUCGUAUUGUUGCUAAAGACCUGGAUGAAGGCAUUAAUGCUGAAAUGAAAUACAGUUUUGUGGAUGGAGAUGGACUGGAUGUCUUUGACAUUAGCACUGAUCCUAAUUACCAAGUUGGCAUAAUAACUGUGAGAAAGCCCUUAAGUUUUGAGAGCAAGAAAAGCUACACUUUAAAAGUAGAGGGCACCAAUCCCCACCUGGAAAUGCGUUUCCUGAACCUGGGCCCCUUCCGAGACACCACAACUGUGCACAUCAGUGUGGAGGAUGUGGAUGAGCCACCAGUAUUUGAGCCUAGCUUCUACUUUGUGGAAGUGCCUGAAGAUGUGGAGAUUGGAACCACCAUACAAAUUAUUUCUGCCAGGGAUCCUGAUGUGAUCAACAACUCAAUCAGAUAUUCAAUUGAUAGAAGCAGUGAUCCUGGGAGGUUCUUUUAUGUCGACAUUGCAACAGGAGCUCUGAUGACUGCAAGACCUCUUGACCGGGAAGACAUUUCUUGGCACAAUAUUACUGUGCUGGCUAUGGAGUUGAACAAUCCCUCACAGAUUGGCAGUGUAUCAGUCACAAUAAAAGUCCUGGAUGUGAAUGAUAAUGCUCCUCAGUUUUCCAAGUUCUAUGAAGCUUUUAUGUGUGAAAAUGCAAAAGCUGGACAGCUGAUUCAGACAGUGAGUGCAGUAGACCAGGAUGAUCCACAGGAGGGUCAGCACUUCUACUACAGCCUGGCUCCUGAGGCAGCUAACAACCCCAACUUCACUCUAAGGGACAAUCAAGACAACACUGCCUGGAUUUUAACUAGGAGAUCUGGCUUCCGACAGCACGAGCAGAACACCUUUUACCUCCCCAUCCUGAUCUCCGAUAAUGGGCACCCCAUGCUGAGCAGUACUGGCACCCUCACCGUGCAUGUGUGCAGCUGUGAUGGCGACGGUGUGGUGGCGUCUUGCAAUGCAGAAGCCUAUAUACUCCCAGUCAGCCUGAGCAGAGGAGCACUCAUUGCAAUUCUAGCCUGCAUCUUUGUCUUGUUAGUGCUCGUACUGCUCAUCUUAUCCAUGAGGCGGCACAGGAAGCAGCCCUACAUCAUUGAUGAAGAGGAGAACAUCCAUGAAAAUAUCGUCAGAUACGAUGAUGAAGGGGGCGGGGAGGAGGACACCGAGGCCUUUGACAUUGCUGCCAUGUGGAACCCCCGAGAGGCUCAGGCAGUGGUGAAAAGCAGACAGGACAUGCUGCCAGAAAUUGAGAGCCUCUCCAGAUACGUGCCUCAGACGUGUAUAACAGACAACAACGUUCACAACUAUGUGCUGGCCAAGCUAUAUGAAGCUGAUAUGGACCUCUGGGCUCCUCCUUUUGACUCCCUGCAAACAUACAUGUUUGAAGGGAAUGGCUCAGUGGCAGAGUCACUCAGUUCAUUACAGUCUGUCACUACAGACUCAGACCAGAGCUAUGACUACCUGACAGAAUGGGGACCUCGCUUUAAAAAGCUGGCCGAGAUGUAUGGUGUCACAGAAGGCAACGGGGCUUUGUGGUAACAAAUGAGGAGCAGAGUGUUUUCUACAUGAUACAGACAUCUGAAUCUAGAUCCAUUCUCAUUGGAAGCUUGUAUGGACAUAGGCUGAGACCUCCUAAAAUAGCAGUAUGGUGCUUGAGUGAAAGGGGUGCAAACUAAGCUCUCUCUGGAUCAGCUUUACUCAGUUAAAUUAAGUUACAUUUUUAAAGAAAGAAGAAAAAGAGGAAAAGUAUUUCCUGAUUUUGAUAGCUAUAUUUGAAACUGUCAUUCCUGGAAUAUUAUAAUAGUCUCUCUCUCUCUCUCUCUCAAACAUGGCAGCUUACUGAGUUGUUUGGAUAUGAAGAUCCUUAGGUUCAAUAGUAAUAUUCAGCUCACAGGGAAAUUGUCAGUAAAAGAGGAUCCUCAAUUGGUUAUUUUUCCCCAUUUAAAAAAAAUUGCUUGCAUACAAAACGAAGAAAACAAAAAAGCAGAAAACCGAAACUGGAAUUUUAUGGAGUGUUCUUUAUAAAAAUCAGCCUUCUUUCUUUAUUGCUAAACGUUCCUUUAAUCAUUGGAAAACAAGCUUGACUUUUCCCAUGUUGCUCAGAGGGGAGGGCUUGGAAAGAUCUUUGGAUUGGUGCUCUAGUUUAAUGGCUGAUAAAUGAGUCAUUGAGGUUAAUACUAAUCUGCCCCCGUCAAGUUAGUGUAAAUUUAUUCUCCUCUCAACUCUUUAAAAUUUUGGCACCGCUGAACUGCUCAGAACAAAACCAGAAAAUCUGCCUCUUUUGCACUGUAGAUGUCUUUUCCAUGUGCCAAAUGUGGUUAGAUGCUAGCAAUGAAAGCCAAAUUAAAAAAAAAAAAAAAAAAAAAAAA